AUGUGUGAGAAUGAGCGAGACUUGAAUAGUAUAUUUGACCACUUUACACCAAUCAAUUUUUAUAAAAGAUUUGAUUUAUCAUAUUUGCAACGCGACUUAGCAGAACAGGGACUUUGUGAAUUUCUCACUAGGGUUGCUACAGGGAAUUCAAAAUAUAAGGAAAAAGCAAAGGAUAUUUUACAAAAUCUCCACCUUUCAAUAAAAUCACGAUCCGUUGAAGAAUACUGGGAGAGAAUAAAAAUGUUGAAAUUGAAACGACAACUACAUAACACCAAAAAGUUAAAGUAUUUAGAAGAGAAGGCAGAAAUACUUGACAAUGUAUCCGAAUCCCGUAUGGCAAUGCAUAAUAUAUAUAAUCGGGAAUUGUUACAAGAAAUACGAAACGAUGGCGAUUUAGAACUUAAUCAUCUGGAACAGGAAAAACGAGAGCAAUUAGACAACCAAAGGACAGAAGUCGGUAACUUUUCAGACUGUGGUGAUAAUUUGAUAGAUCGUGAAGAAAUUUCUCAACAAAAGGCUUCUUGCCGAUCCAACAUCGGACCCACUGGGGCACAGGAUCCAAAACAAGACCGCAAAAAAGCAAGAGAGUGGGAGGAGAAGCGCUCGCGUGGUAAAACUUACAUCAACCAGCCAAUUAUCGGAAAUGGAAAUGUAGUUGGUUUUAAUAGUAAUAUCAACAGCGGAACUUUCACUGGAUUAUCAAAAAGAGAGUCCAGUGAUGAUUUUAUCCGUCAACCAAAGCGGAAGAAAUUAUCGUUGUCAAAGGAUAAAAAAUCGAAUGUCUCAGUUAAAAAAGCUAAAACCACCGGCAGGAACAUGGAUGACGAUAUUGAUUAUCAAUUCAUCAGCGAUAAUAGAGCCAUUAAUUUAGCCGAUUUUUCGAAAGAUAAUUCUUCAUCAUCAAGUUCCAUACGAGGUUCUGUUUCCUUCGAUAACCCCUUUGAUAACAAAUCACAAGAUCUUAAUAAUAGCACAAUACCUGGUUCAGGGACUGAAUCCAUUAAUGUAUUUAAUAGUUCCGAUGACGAUUUCAUGCCUAUCCAACCAAAGCAGAAAAGAAAUUUAUCUUUACCAAAGAAGGCUGAUGAUGAUAAAGAUCCUAAGUCAACUGAUAGCAGUUCAAAACAGCGUAGGAAGUCAUCUGAAAAAGCAGAAAAGUCCGACAUAUCAGAAAAAAUUGAAUAUCAGGAUGAAUCAGUCACAAAAACAAAUAGGCAGAAGGAAAAUAACAAUAUUAAACGUACAUUUGUGUUGGAAUGGAAUUUAUACAAGGACUUGAAACAAAUAGUUACAGAGUGGACCAUUGAUGACACGAACAUAAGUGAAGCAUUUUUUCGUUUCAAAAGUUUUGCUGAAUCAAAAGUAAAUAGACAUGAAUUGAAAUUCUCCGAGCACCCCGGCGAAAUUCUUGCUCUAAAUUCUAUACUACUUUUGGAGGAAAACUCUGUCCGUGUACAAUUAAAUAUUUCAUCAGCCAUCCGCACAAAGAUUUUUGAGCAAAUGAGGGCGAUAUACCCGAAAUACGAUUUGCCGAAAGUGGUUGAAGAUAUAUGUCAUCGAUGUGCUCAAGUUGCCCGAAAGCAGACCAGGGAGGCUCUAGAAGAAGAAAUCGACAACGCUUAUAAUGAUUUAAGGACGAACUCGAGUCCAUCCGAUAAAAAAUUGCUGAGAAUCAGUCAAAAUGUUUGGAAUCACAUAUGGAAUUGGCGAACAAGUUUUGAUAGUCUUCAAACAAUAGAAGAUACCCACGUACAUCAUUCAAUACAUCCUUUUUUACGUCCAUUUUUCCCUGACGGACCGGAUAGGACAAUUGAUUGGGCAAACAAGUUGUCGUUCGUAAGCGCAUCUAGGAAAAAAAAUGAUGAUGGCGAAGGUGAAGGUCAUAAACCCGACUUCACAAUCACAGUCAAUAAAAUAAGUGGCAAAUUUGAAGUUGUAUUUGGCCUAUUCAAAUCGCCUUACAAAAGUAGCUCUCAUUUCGCGAAUGUUGAUUUAGUGGAUUUAGGAGUAUUAAUGAAAGACUCACUAGAUAACAUGUAUAAAGAGAAAUGUCUUGAAUUAGACAUGGCUGUAUUUGGAAUCCAUGCAUUUGGUUAUAAUGUCCGUAUAUAUGCUAUGGACCUUUCUUAUGAUGCUGUAUACAGAAUGUAUUUGAUAGGAGAGUUUGAAAUGCCAAAAAGUAAUAUUAGCCUGUGUUUGGUUGAAAAUGCGUUACAUGAAGUAGAAAAUCUGAAGAAUUUCGUAGAAGAAUAUAUUGAAAGACUUCCGUCCUAUACCGCUUAUAAUGAAAACACUAUAAAAACCCCAACCGAAAAGAUGAGAAUGACAAGGAAAACGGUAGCAACUCCUCGCAAGGUUGAGUUGAUGUGUAAUUACCUCAUCACAUGA